CAACAGCUCCACUAGCUGCACCACUGUGCAGCCCCGCAGUGAUGCAUUAAGAUACCAGCACUAUUUUGGUUUGUGGGAAGAUACCGGACCAUGGAUGACACGGUGGGUGGUGCAGUGGUAGAAUUGCAGCCUAACAGCACCAGAGACCCGGGUUUGAUCCUGACUGCGGUUGCUGUCUGUACGGAGUUUGUACGUUUUCUCCGUGACCGCAUGGGUUUUCCCCAGGUUUCCUCCCACACUCCAAAGACGUGCAGAUUUGUAGGUUAAUUGGCCGUGGUAAAAAUUGUAAAUUGUCCCUAGCGUGUAGCAUAGUGUUAGUGUACGGGGAUCGCUGGUCAGCGCGGACUCGAUAGGCUGAAGGGCCUGUUUCCGCACUGUAUCUCUAAACUAAACUCAGCUAAAUAUGGAGGUAACAGUGUCACAGCGAAAAUGUGCAAACUCCACAUGGUGAGCUGCUGAGGUUCAGUGUUGGUUCUUGGUCAGUGGAGCAGUGAAACAGUAGCACAGGUCACUACACCACUGUGACGCCUAUUUAUUCAAAGAGUUCUGACCUGCAUUUUCCCCUCUCCCAUUCAUUUAGUUUGCUCCGAGCCUCUACAAUGUUUAUGGGUGGAGUUCAUUUUCCUGUGGCUCACCCAAGCUACCAUCUAGCUAUGAAUAACCUCACUCAAAAGCAUCAUUGAGUUCACGGCCACUUAUUGCAGCUACCUGAUACAAGCAAGCAGCCCAUGGUUUGUUUACUGAACACUGAGUGGAAAAACCCACUUCACUACAGUAUCUUUCCCUCCCCAUCCAGCCUGUCCUCAUUUCUAUUUGAGGAAGUGAUGUUGAGGAAACGGCCUCAUUCAUUGGGAUUGGUGCUGUGUGCUGAUAAGGAGCCAGUUACUAAUUUGAGUACAAAAGCAGGAAACCUGACACACAACAGUUUCCACUUCUCCAAACGGUGUCGUUUUCUUUCCAAAAAGAAUCAUUCUUUGUGUGAGAGAGGCAGAAGUGACCAGCUCACAGCCACUUUGCUGCCACAAAGAUUGUGCUGAGAUCUCGUGCUGCUCGGAGGGACCCUCGCUGUUGGGUUGAUGAUGGCCUACAACAACACAACAGCUUAUUCAAUGACCCAACAACUGCGUGAUACCAUCGUGGGUAAGAUGGGAUUAUCCUAUCCUUUUCUGUGUCUGUCGUGAUUGGGAUUGCAAUUGGCAUGUUCAUCUGGAUCCUGCUGGCCUGCCUGUCACGCAAGAAGCAAGCCAGCGCUACCAUCUCCCAGACCACCAGCCGGCGCACCCGGACAUCGCCUAACAACGCAGUGCUGACUCGGACCAGCUUCUACCGCACCAACAGCUACGAGAGGCACGGAGACAGCAACCUGCCCUUGGCGAGCACUCUGACCUUCCAACGCCAGUGGUCCCAGGAACACGCUGAUAGUUACGGGAGGAAGCAAAGCUUCAGAGCCUCCACCUUCCACCCUUUCGCUCAAAGUCCACUUGCGGAUGAGCUUGGUGGGAUUCAGUCCUCUUCCGCCCUGCUGCGUACUGACACCUCGUCCACCCUCAAUUGCAGCCUCGGUCCCCAUGAGCAACGCUGGUCAGAGAGCCGGCAGUAUGACUGUCACUCCUCACAGACCCCACCUCCUGCUUAUGAAUUUGUGGUGGAGCUGACCAAAGAGACACUAGCAUGAUGCCUCGCAUGUCAAUUGCGCAAGAUCAGCUCAAACAGCUCGAGCACCUCAUCAACAGGGGCUCGUCAGAUUUUCAGUGUCUUGAAUUUAGUAUUGGGAAGAAUUAGCUGCAAACUUUAUUUGAUCUGGUCAAAUGGCAAGAAUUGACAAAAGAAAGAAUCUUAUAUGUGAAACAAAGAAUAGAAAACGUUAGAUUUUUACAGCACCUAUCACCCCCAACAAUUGGCAAAGUACAUAUUAGCAAAUGUAUAAACACAACAGCCCAUCUAUACCUAGCAAGCUCCAACCAAUGGUAAAAUGAUAAAUGUCAGCUAAUCUGUUUAACUGAUGGAUGAGUAUUGGCCAGGACCCCAUGAUAGCCCCCCCCCCCCCCCCCCCCCCCCCCACCUGUUCUCAUUCCAUGAGUGGUCCCUUUUUCCUGAGAAAGCAGGCGGACACUCAGUUUUAUGAAUCAAUGAAUGAUUGCACUUUUAAAACUUCAUCACUCAUCCUGUACUGCACUGCAUUCAAAUAAACAACUAUUAGUCAAAGAAUGAAGAUUACACAGGAACACUGUACACCAACUCGGCAUGAUCCAAUCAAUGACAUUGUAAUAUUAGCCCAGGCGAGAUUCACCUUUAUGUGGCUGAAAUUUACGGUGUCCCAAGUCACUCAGUUCACUGCCAAUGGAAGAUGAAGCUUUUACGUACGACCAACAACCGUUUGUACUAACUCACAAAUAAAAACAGAGGCACAUCACACACGAUUCAGUAAAGAAUGCCAUAAAAAUUUCCGAGUGGUCCCAUCGAUGACCUUCAUACAGCCACGUUUUUCAAAGGUUAGUGUAAUUCUAGAUAACCUACAGGUGCUCACCAUCUGUUUCUCGAAUCAUGGACAAGUUGCAUAAUGCCGUUAUUGCAUAAACUGAUAAACCCAUAGUGUUCAGAAAGUUGAUGGGACUGGACGCACUGGACCUCCUCUAUCAUCAACCCCUUCAGAUCCAUGGUAGGUGCCAUUGAGAGAGGCUCUUUAAAGUCUGACCACUUUUCUAGCAGGCAGCAAGGGCAGUGAUGAUGCAGCUUCCACGGGGAACCACACAGGCCUUGGUGUGCACAUGAUUAUCUGUGUUAAAUGCUAUGAUGCUUUUUGCAAUGUGCCGUUGCCUAUUUCACAAAGAUUCCAGGAGAUUGGAGUGGGCUUUAGCAGCCUUGUACAGAAAAUGUUCAGCACACAAAAAAGAACAUAAAAUACAUUUUCUGGACAGAAGGACCUGAGUCCAUUUGGAUGGCCUCAUAAUGUCAAAAAGGCAUCCAAUCUCACAGAUCCACACGAACAACAAUGGGUCAAAAAACAAAUGGCUGGAGGAACUCAUCAGAUCAAGCAGACCCAAGAAUGAGUGUUGUACAAGAGGAUAAGAACAUGAACAUGAUAUUAAAUGGUUACGUAUUGGUCUUCAUUCCAAUUACAUGCAAUGCACAUUGUAUAUUAAUGCAAAAAUAACAUUCUGCAACACAUCAUUAGAUGCUGGGAUUUAGAAUCAUACUCAUAAAUGCCUUUGAAAUGUUGUUGUAGUUUCUGCCUCAACUACCUCCUCUGGAAGCUAAUUCCAUAUUCCCACCAUUCUCUAUGAAAACGUUGCCCCUCAGGUUCCCAUUAAAUCUUUCCCCUCUCACCUUAAGCCUAUGUCUUCUGGUUCUUGAUUCCCCUACUAUAGGUAAAAGACUGUGGCUCUACUUUAUCUAUAUCCCCCUGAUAUUACAUUCAGCCUCCGACACACCAAUUUAGAUUUGGCAAGUCAGCAAGACAUUGGAGUUAAGUUUAAUCACCCAACAUAGGAGAUAGUAUCAGCAACAUUGAAUAACCUGUGCAUUCUAUGAAAUCUUGAAAAUCUUGCUUGAAACUUUGAUUGUCUUCAAACAUAUGAUACACCCAGCUGGAAAUAUCCAAUCCCCGGUAAUCCUUGGUUUGAGUGGUGCUAGGUUGAAUGGAAAAGAAGGAAUCUGGGUAGAAUAUUGUGGAGGACUAGAAGAUCAUAAGAGAUAGCAGCAGAAUUAGGCCAUUUAGAGCUAUGAGGCGGCUCCACCAUUGGAUCAUGGCUGAUCUAUUUUUCCCACUCCACCCCAUUCUCAUGCCUUGUCCCCUUUGAUGCCCAAGAUUUGUUUUCCAGAUUUAUUUUAUGAGAACUUAUCAGAAUGGGUGUUGCAAGACAAUGAUCUCCAUUGUGUGAGAUGAUGGAAUCCAGAACUAGAAGGUGCAUGGAUCACCCUUUUAAUUAGCAAUGAGGAAAUUAUUUCAUCUCUCAAAGUGCCACAAUUAUUUGUAAUUCCCUAGCCCGCAGGGCUACAGAAGCAGAGUAAUUGGAGAAUAACAGAGAGCAAGCAAGGAACUGAGGCAGAGAUCAGACCAGCUAUGAUCUGCUCUUCCUUCUUCUUGUUUCAUAAGUUGUUAUGUGAAUUUAAUUUCUCCAGGUGCUAUGAUGGAAUUAGAAUCCCUAAUGUAGGACUAAAUUCAACAUGACCAUAUCUUCGGAAGUGAAAUUAUAUUUUUAUUAAAUAAUGAAACGCAGUCACUUUUAAAAGAGAAUCACCAAAGUGCGUACUUGAUGAAUUGACCUAACCCAUAUUCUCACUCACACAUACCCAUCCAUCAUCCCCUGACAAUUUUUAUAAGCAACCUGCCUACAAUAAAGGAUGAUAUACAGCAUACAGUUAUCCCACCAAAAUGUAGAAACAGGGAACUGCAGAUGCUGGUUCACAAAGGAAAGAGAUAAAAUGUUAGAGUAACUCAGGUUGAGAAGGAUCCUGUCCCGAAACAUGAACGAUCCAUGUCCCCCAGGGAUGCUGCCUAAGCCGCUGAAUUACUGCAGCGUUUUGAAUCUUUUCUUAGUUAAGCUACCAACUCGCACAUCUUUGGGUUGUGGGAGGAAACUGGAACACCCAUCAGAUAACACACACCGGCUCAUGCACCAACUCAUAUUUUGGAAAGUCAAGAUUCAAUUUCUUUGGGAAGGUCAAUUUUUCAUGAGAAAUGCUCUGUACACUUAGGAACACAGUGCAGACCUUCUCCUCAGUAAAUGUUACUGAGGUGACCUCUGAAAUUUCUUCAAAGAUUAUAUUGCCAAGACCAGAUUAUCAUGUUUUUUUAAUGUGAAUCUGGUUAAGGAGAAAGGUUGACCAAUUUAUCCUGCCAUUCUUUGAACAAACUAGACUAAGUGGGAUCCGUUAGGUCCCAGUCACACGGGAAGCCUGCCCCCCCCCCCCCCCCCCAAUGCAACCCAUUCCCCAACAUAAUAUUUCACUACUCACCUGUUCCCCCAAUGCAACCCAUUGGGGGUGUGGAGGAGGGGGGUGUGGGGGGGAGGAUGGGUGUGGCUGAGGGCAGAUGUGGG